GUAUCUAAAUAAAUGUCAAAGAUUUUACAUCUAUUGUAAUUGACGAAUAAACUUUAAUUUGGUUCUAUUUAACCAACUCUUUUUCGUUCUUCAAACAAAUUUUAUUGCCACGGUAUUGGGCUUCUAUUUCCACGGGUAAAGAGUGGUGAUACACGUGAUUGAUUAAAAUAUAAUUAAUUGCUGCAUUCUAUCUUACUUAGAUAAAUAAGUUUAGGCGUCUUAUGAGUUCGAUAAGUUCUUCCAAUCAGCGAUUUUGUAUCGUUUAGUAACGCACCCGGAAGAUUAGUGACUGAUAGCGCUGGUCGGGUAUAAAACUUACAACUUCAAUGUCUCGCGAGCUGUUGUAAACUGAAAACAAAAUGAAAGGAGUUGCAGCUCUACUGAUAGCCGCUUUCGCGGUCGCGCACGCAGCCAAUCAAUGCCCCGUCGAGCAAGAGACCGACUGGAGCAUCGAGCUUCUGCUGGUCCACGGGGACUGCGACAAAUUUUACAAGUGCACGUAUGGGGAGCCCGUCGAACAGCUCUGUCCCGCCGGCUUAUUCUUCAACGUUGAGGACUUGCAGUGUGAUUGGAGAGCCAAUGUAGACUGUGGUGACAGGAACAUCCCUGGGGAAGUCCAGCCUGAGCCAGAGCCAGAACCUGAGCCUGAGCCAGAGCCAGAACCCGAGCCAGAGCCAGAACCCGAGCCAGAGCCAGAACCUGAGCCAGAGCCAGAACCCGAGCCAGAGCCCGAGCCAGAGCCAGAACCCGAGCCACAGCCAGAACCCGAACCAGAGCCAGAGCCCGAACCUCAACCCGAGCCCGAGCCUGAACCCGAACCUGAAAUCGAAGAAGUCAUCCCCGAAGAGCCAGAAAUCGACAUUGAGGAGGGUUCUGGAGAAGCAGACUUGGAGAUUGAGUUCCAGGAGAACGGCUGCCCGGUCGACCCAUUCAUCCACUGGCUGGUGGCCAGCACUGAGGACUGCAACGUGUUCUACCAGUGCGUGUGGGGCGAGCCCGUCCAGAGGCGCUGUCCGGAGUCCCUACACUUUAAUGCUGCCCUGCAGGUAUGUGACUGGCCCAAAGAUGCCGGCUGUGCUGUUUCCUACAACAAGCACUUCCCAUCCAGAAACCUCUACAGAAAAUAAGACUUCACAAGUCUUUAACCUAAAAUAAUAAAAACAAAUGAAACGGAGUUAUAACUCUGUUUCUUCUACCUCUAUCUCAAUAUAAUGUUCCUGAAUAUUUAUGUAAAGUUCAUUAUUAAAUGUGGUUCACUGUUA